AUACUGAGCCUCUGGAGAUAAAUAAGUGGGGCUUCACUUCAUGACCAUAAGGCCAAAACAGAUCUUCUUGUUUCUUUCUUUCUCUCUCAAAUUCUUAUUUCCUUCAUAAGAGAUGGAACCAGCUUUGUAUCUAGGUGACAAUACUAACAAGUUCUCUUUUCUGGAGAAGCCCUCGAAGAUUCCUAAUAAUCCCUCUGCCUCAUCGACCUCUACUUCCGACAAGAAUAUUGGGUUCAACAUGGGUUUGGAUGUACUUGGUUUUGGUAGUCAGAGAUCGUUGUCAUCCUCUUCUUCCCCGUCGGUAGAAGAUGAGAAGAAGUAUAAGAGUAAACUAACACAAAGAGCAAAUUAUUCUGAUGGAGUUAGGGUUUCAUCUUCCGUUGAUCCGUCACUACAGCUUCAGCUUCACUUACCUUGGAUCCCUGAGAACAGAGCACCUACGGUGGCAGAGCCUAGUAUGCCAGUGUCCCCUCCGGAUAGUGUAACGUCGUCGUUUCGAUUAGAUUUUGGGAUUAAGAGUUAUGGUUAUGAGAAAAGAAAUAAUAAAAGAGAUAUGGAAGAUGAGGUUGAAAAAUCUACUUCAAGAGCCAGCAACGAAGACAACGAUGACGAAAAUGGAGCCAUCAGAAAGAAACUGAGGCUCUCUAAAGAUCAAUCUGCAUUUCUUGAAGACAGCUUCAAAGAACACAACACCCUUAAUCAUAAGCAAAAGAUUGCGUUGGCAAAGCAGUUGAAUCUUCGUCCUCGUCAGGUUGAAGUUUGGUUUCAAAACAGACGAGCGAGGACAAAGUUGAAGCAAACGGAAGUGGAUUGUGAAUACCUAAAUAAAUGUUGUGAGUCACUAACCGACGAAAACCGGAGGCUUCAGAAAGAGGUUAAAGAAUUGAGAGCUUUGAAGACUUCUUCUCCUUUCUACAUGCAACGUCCGGCCACCACUCUCACUAUGUGCCCUUCUUGCGAACGUGUUGCCACCUCAUCAUCACAACCAUCCACGUCAGCAGCACAUAUAGACUUGUCCACGUCAUCAUUUCAUAGUCCUUUGAUUCCGGUUAAGCCUGGACCGGCCAAACAAGCUUCAUGAAAGCACGUGCGAAAUAAAUGGCUGAGUGGUUACAGUUUGAGCAAAUGGACCGUCUCCUAUUUUAAAAGACGACUAGCGAACGAUUAUCCGGUUAGUCUUUUGUUUUCUUUUGGAUUUUGGUACUGUUUCUGGUUGUAGGACCGGGUAAAACAGAUGGAGGAAAAGGGUUAACAUGUUUAUUGAGUGAAAGACAAGCGAACAAAAUAUAUGGUUUGAUUUAUCCAUAUUUUGUAAAGUAGUAUACUCUAUUUAAGCAAAAUGGUGAAUAUAUCAUUUAUACAAUACUAUCAUUUAUCG